AUGGUCAAACGCAGAACACCAGAAGCCCCCGAUGAACAAGACGACACCGUUUCGUUGGUUCCUUCUAAGCGAAAGAACGCUAAGCGCUCUGACGCUAACUCCGAAGACUGCUUCGUCGGAAAACCCAUCCCGGCCUCCGAGGCUCUUGCCAAAUGGCCCCAUCGGGUAACCAACGAAGAUGGUAAGAUUUUUCGGGCAAAGUGUCAUUAUCGUCAAGCUAGGGUGGAUGGGGUUCUGUAUAAGGUUAAUGAUGAUGUCUAUGUCAAGGCUGAAGAUGAGAAGCCUGAUUACAUUGCACGAAUCGUUGAGAUGUUUGAAACGGUUGAGAAUGAGAAAUAUUUCACAGCUCAGUGGUUUUACAGGGCUGAGGACACUGUCAUCAAAGACCAUGGUGAUCUUGUUGACAAGAAACGGGUAUUUUUAUCUGAUAUCAAAGAUGAGAAUCCGCUUGAUUGUAUUGUUUCCAAAGUGAAAAUCGUUCAAGUCACUCCAAAUGUGGGUUUGGCUACAAAGAAGAAAAAAAUCCCUUCUUGCGAUCUCUAUUACGAUAUGAAGUACACAGUGCCAUACUUAACCUUUUCAAACCUUGGCAAUGAAAGUGAUGCAUCUUCAACAAUUUCCAGCGAAGCUGGAUCUAAUUGUUGUGUUGAUGUCACUAACAUAGUCAAGGGAGAUACAUCUCAACAUAACAGAUCUGAUUCGUCAGAAUGGACUUUACUAGAUUUGUAUUCUGGCUGUGGAGCCAUGUCCACGGGCCUAUGCUUUGGUGCAUCUAUAUCUGGCAUCAAACUUGUUACAAGGUGGGCUGUGGACAUUAAUGAACAUGCAUGUAAAAGUCUAAAGUUAAAUCACCCUGAAACUCAGGUGAGGAAUGAGCCAGCAGAAAACUUUUUAAAUCUACUAAAAGCUUGGGCUAAGCUUUGCGAGAAGUUUUCAUUGUUAGGAUCAGAAAGGUCAGAUUCUAAUCCAGAUAUGGACGAGGAUGAGGUUGAUGAUAAAGUUGGUGAUACGAAUAAAAAAGAUUCAGGAAAUGCAUCUGACUCUGAGGAAUUUGAGGUGGAAAAGUUACUUGCUGUUUGCUAUGGUGAUCCCAACGAUGUCAAAAAACCCGGAUUAUAUUUUAAAGUGCGUUGGAAGGGUUAUGAUUCCAGUGAGGACACAUGGGAGCCAGUAGAAGGCUUGAGCGAUUGCGAGGAAGCUUUGAAAGGUUUUGUGGAAAGAGGAUAUAGGAAGAAGCUAUUGCCUCUUCCUGGUGAUGCUGACUUUAUUUGCGGAGGACCCCCAUGUCAAGGAGUAAGCGGUUUCAACCGUUUCAGGAACAAGCAAGCUCCAUUAGAGGAUAUGAAAAAUCGGCAGUUGAUUGUUUAUAUGGAUAUUAUUGAUUUUCUAAAGCCAAAAUAUGUACUCAUGGAGAAUGUCGUCGACAUUUUGAAGUUUGCUGGUGGUUUUCUGGGGCGUUAUGCUAUAGGCCGUCUUGUGGCCAUGAAUUACCAAGCAAGAAUGGGCAUGAUGGCAGCAGGGUCUUACGGCCUUCCACAAUUUCGUAUGCGUGUUUUUCUUUGGGGAGCUCGUCCUACCGAAAAAUUGCCUCCAUAUCCAUUACCAACUCAUGAGGUGGUAUCAAGAGGUUUCGUGCCCUCUGAGUUUGAAGAAAUUGCAGUUGCUUAUGACACUAAAGACACUUGUCAGCUGGCUGACGCUCUUUUUCUUGAGGAUGCAAUAUCAGAUCUCCCUCAAGUUACGAAUGAUGAGAGCGAGGAUGAAAGGAAAUAUGGGACUGCUGCUCGCACUGAGUUUCAAAAAUUUAUUAGAUUGAAGAGAAGCGAGAUGGUGGGUUAUAUGGCUACUGCUCAAAGCGCACAACGUCGAGUGCUGUAUGAUCAUCGUCCUCUGCAAUUAAACAAGGAUGAUUAUGAGAGAGUUUUCCAGAUUCCCAAGAAGAAGAGUGCAAACUUCAGAGACCUACCUGGAGUAAUUGUGAAAGGCAACAAAGUUGAAUGGGAUCCGUCCGUUGAAAGAGUGAUGCUAGAGUCUGGGAAGCCUUUGGUUCCUGAUUAUGCUAUGACAUUUGUUCGCGGGACCUCUACUAAGCCAUUUGGUCGUUUGUGGUGGGAUGAAAUUGUUCCAACAGUUGUGACAAGGGCUGAGCCUCAUAACCAGGUUAUUCUCCACCCUGCACAAAACCGAGUGCUUACAAUUCGAGAGAAUGCGAGGCUACAAGGGUUUCCUGAUUGCUAUAAACUUUGUGGACCUGUCAAGGAAAGAUACAUACAAGUUGGGAAUGCUGUUGCUGUUCCUGUAGCUCUUGCGCUGGGAUACACAUUUGGUUUGGCCUGCCAAGGAUUGUGUGAUGACAAGCAACCUUUGACAACCCUCCCCUUUAAGUUUCCAAGUUGUCUUGCCCGUUCAACUUCAGCUCAAAUUGAGAAUGAUGACUCAAGUUGAGGCUGUUCCCCUACA